CCUUAGUUUCAUUUUUGUAGUGUUGAACUCCAAGUGUGAAUAUGCAUGGCAUUCCUUCGAGCCCUCCGCAUUGUAGAUCAUCUGAGUCAGCGCUGAAACUACAAUAUCUACAGGCCUGGCUCUUCUCGCCAACUUCAACCCAUUUGCUAGUUCUGAAUCCCUACCUUUAUGUACCUAUAACCAUCAUCGUGUUGUAUUCUUCAAAUUACCACCAUGGCGCAGCCUGGCGAAUACCCCUUCUACACAAUCCACGACCAAGAAAACAAGCCCAACGGCAGUUACACGGUCUACGCCAUCCGCAUAGACUCCGACGACGGACGGGCCUACAAAGCCCUCUCCACCCACGCCGAGCGCUUAGCCUUCAUGCGCGAGCGUGCUCACGAUAGUUGGAACGCUGUCCAGGCUGACAGUGCUUUUUUAGAAGAUAACGUGGCGGGGAAGACGUAUGUCAUUAAGAUGGAUACCCCUGAGUAUGAGGGGUUGCAGAAGAUGCUGAUGGAGGAUGGGGGUUGUUGGCCGGAGGGGACGAGGGAGUUUGAGGAUAUGGUGAGGUACUAUAAGGAGCAUGCUACGGAGAUUGAGGAGGCGCCGGUGGGUUGCUGUGAUAGAGAGGCAUAGUACACGUGCCUAUCUGGGUUUUAUGGCAUUAUCAGGUGGUCGAAGUGUGACCAUCUAAAUUGUUCGAUCGCCUGCCUUCCUGGUAUAUAACCUGGUAUCAGGCACUAUUGCUCAUGCCAGGGGCUCUUGUAGACAUGAAGGGGAUAGCUUGUGUGGAAGGCACACGAUGGAUUAGCCUUUCGUAGGCCAUGAAAGACGCACAGCUGCAAUAUAUACAGCGUAGGCAACCUCGUUGACCAUACCUAGUAUUGCCUCCAUGUUUAACUGUACCAAGUACUUAGUACCAGAUGGAAAGAUACAUAGGUACCUACGUAAGCUUGUAACCUUAUUUCUUCGAUCACGAUAUGCACAUUUGGCGCCUCAGGCAUCACCAGGCUCACCGGCGAAACCAUUUAUCCUAGGAACCCAGGAACCUCCACACCGAAGUUAAACUUAUAGGUCCCCGGAAACCAACAACUACCACUUCCUGGGUGAGAACCU